AGGCCCGUUGCAAUUCCUCAGAUGCCGACUUGUUGCCAUCGUCUGCACAUCGCUCGCCGCUCGUCACUCGUCAUGCAGUUCACUUGGAUUUUGUUAUCGCUGUCGGUGCUGGCGAUGCACAGCUUCGCCCUGCCAGCGGGCAGCACAACGAAGCCAAAGGUAUUCAUUGACAGCAGCGACAGUACGGAGCCGAUGCUGUACCAUUUUAUUACGGAACAUCGGCCCACAUCGAUGGGCCAGAACUAUUACCUCAAGCCCGGCCAGCUGGUCGGCACAUUCAGCCUCGACUCGGGCACGCUGCACGUGAAGCACGAGGACAGCAAGCGACCCAUCAGCAGCAAGCUCAACAUUCUCUUUGUGGCCACGGCCAAGGAGAAGGAUGCCGCCACCUAGGAAUCAGCUACGAUCUUUAUAUAUCCACAUAUAUGUAAAUCCCAUCUAUUGUAUCUUUCUCUUGAGCAGCUCAAUAAAGCCCAGCGUUGAAUGAAUGUCUAUA